GCUGCAGCAGCUGUCUUUCGACAAUCCGACACAUUAUUUUGUUGUCGUGUUGGCUUCGUGCUAUAAUGAUAAACGAAACAUAUGUGUAACAUUUAUGUACACGAUAAUUUUCUUUUUUUAUUUACGAUAACGCUAUUCUCCUAGAGAGGGAGUAGAUAUUAUUCGAAAGUGUACAUUUUGAAUAAUAUUAAAUAUCGUAGUCCUACUUUUUAGCAUAAUCUACCAAAUUGUUCAUUGUUGAUCGGUCCACUUUCCAAUAUAUAAAAUAUCCACGGCUCAGAAAAAUAAUUGGAUAUUUGUUAAAUCUCAAGUAAAAUUAAUUUUAUAUUUCACAUUUUCUAACUGAGCAAUGUUUGCCCGUGUCACAUUUUAUCCAACUCUUUUAUACAAUGUAUUUAUGGAAAAGGUAACACAGCGCAACUGGUAUGAUCGAAUUGAUGAAAAUGUUAUAUUGGGAGCACUUCCUUUCAGGAAUAUAAGUCAAAAAUUAAUUGAUGAGGAAAAUGUCAGGUGUGUGAUAUCAAUGAAUGAAUCGUAUGAACUGGAGCAUUUCACACCUCAACCAGAAGAAUGGAAAAAAAUGGGUGUAGAACAUUGUCAGCUGAGUACAAAAGAUAUAUUUGAAACUCCAUCACAUGAAAAACUAAUUCAAGGCGUUUCAGUGAUGGAAUCAGUUUCAAAAGAUGGUAAAACUGUGUAUGUACAUUGCAAGGCAGGCCGUACUCGUAGUGCUACACUUGUGGGAUGUUAUUUGAUGUCUAAACAUAAUUGGACUCCUGAACAAGCAAUCGAAAAUAUUGUAUCCAAGCGACCUCAUAUUUGGUUAAGAAAUCAACAAUUAGAGAGUCUCAAAAAGUAUUAUGAUGCUGUGGUAAAAGAAAAAUUUAAUGCUUUCAAAAUGGAUACUAAUUAAAACAUCUACUUGCUAUGACCAAUAACAAUCAUUUUACUCGUUUUAGAAUAUUAACAUUUCGAGUAAUUACAACAUAUCUUCAUAACCAUGGACAUCACUAACAUUAGAAUUAAUAAGAGUAUUAUAUAAAAAAAAUUUUGGGAUUCAACUAGUAAUUGUAAUUCUAAAUGUACUUUAUAUUUCAUUGCGUUGCUCAAUCCUUUAUUACAUCUCUUGUUCUCAAAAAGAUAUUAACAUGAUUAAUUUUAGUACCUAUUAUUAUUAUUAUCACUAUAAUUAUUAAUUUAUAAAAUUCCUUUAAAGGUGAAGUGUUUAAAUGUUGAUAGCCUGUGAUAAUUUUGCUAUUUUUUUUUCUUUGGCAUGUUCAGGUAUUUUUUCUUAAAAAUUUUAUUUGAAAUUCAUUUCAAUGAAUUAGAAUAUGUUAUUUUAUAUAUCUUGUGACUAAUAAGUAAUAUUAUAUGUUGUUUACUUUGUUAACUAUUUUAGAUAAAUUGAUACGGGGUGUAAGGAGGAAUUAGUUGGACAAAGUAAUAUUUUAAUGAUGUGUAUAACUUUAGAAUCUGAAUGAAUGAAAAAACUUUAUUGUUUGUUGUUAAUAUACCUAUUUUUAUUGACUAUUUAUAAAACUACAUUUUAAUGAAUAUACAUUAUAGAUUUGAUUUUUAAUUGUAUUAUUACUACUUAGAAGACUUAUAAUAUACCCAAUGACAAUAAUUUUUUAUACAUAGAACUAAUUUUAUAUAAGAUAUAACAAUAUGAAAACUGUAAUAAUAUGGUAUUUUGAUUUUUUAAUUCUAAGGUUUAUUUAUAUAUUGUUGACAAAUGUCAAAACAUUUGUCUUACAAUUUUUCGUUUCAACUAUUACAUUUUGUUUAUUUAUCAUUGAGUUAUAGAUAAUGCAUAUUAUUUGUGUAUGAUUAUGUUAAUAAUACUUCAUUGAAACAUUUUUCAACUUAUUUUUCUAAUAAUACAGUUAAAGAUGUUUUAUUUGACAUACAACACUUUUUUUUAUUUUCAUUUAUUCUUAAAAUUAAAUUAUUUUGUUUAAGAGUAAAAUAAUUUUUGUCAUAAAAAUUUGUUAUUUUACAAGCUGACUAAAUUUUUACAAUACACCAAGUUGGAAAACAUUGAUUUAAAAUAAUUUAACUCAGUAUUUGUUUAAUUGUUUAAGAUAUAUUAUAAACAAUGAUUAUUAUGUUUUUAUUGUCAAACAGUUUAAAUAGUUUAAGAUCCUAUUAGUAAACUUAGUAUACUCAUUAUUGAGUAUACAUUUUUAUGAUAGGAACUUCAUUUUGAGCAUGUAACUACCUAUGAAUGCAUUUUAUAUUAUGUUUUAUUUGUCUUAUUUAGUUUAUUAAUAAUAAAUUAAUUUUAAGUUUUAACGUACAAAUAUGUUUAUGUUAAUUAUUCAAAUGGAUGAGAGAAAUUUAUAUUAUAGAAAAUUUAAAUACCAAAUAAUGUUUUAGGUAUGUAGUAAUUGUUGAAAAGUGUCAACUAGACAACAAUCUUGUAUCUUAUGUAUACCCUAUCAUUAUUGCUAAUAUUGUGUUGUGUUUUUUUGUUGACUUAAUUUUUGAUUAUUGUUGGAAAUAUUUUGUAUGCUAAAGGUGAAAAUAUUUAUGACGCUCUUUAAAUAAUAAAUAAAUGUUAAUGUUACUUCUAAUAGGCUAACAAUAGAAUUAUAAGCGGAAUGUGCAAUUAAUGAAAUUAUUUUUUCAAUGUGGAGUUUUAUUGUUAAAAUAGCUAAAGGUAUAAGGUUCUUACUAAAAACAAUUUGCUUUAUAUUAAUAUUGGUGUAAGAAGUAUAAAAUAAACUUUAUAAGUACCUAACUGAA